AUGGAUACGGGAUGGGUAAGGAUCAGAAUUGUUGCUUCUUCAUGGGUUCAUCUCUUAUUUCUGCUCACUACCUUCGCCCAAAGUGGUAUUGCUGCAAUUCACAGUACUCAAAACAUUGAUAAUGUCACCUGCAGUACUACUUCCUCCUCAACCUCAACUCCUCAGGUAAUCCCACAAGGACAUGAGGAUUAUCAUGUGAAAGGCAUUAGAACAAACACUUCUCACAACGUUAGUAGCAGCAAUAGUACUACUGCUGAAGUUGUAAGCAACAGCAAGAGUAGCAAUGGCGGCAGUGGUGGCAGUGGCAGUUUUGAGUGGGGAUGGGGCGGCGGUGGAGGAGGCGGAGGUGGAGGUGGCGGUGGUGGGGGUGGAGGAGGAGGAGGUGGCGGUGGAGGUGGGGGAGGCGGAUGGGGAUGGGGCGGUGGUGGGGGAGGUGGGUGGUGGAAAUGGGGGCGUAGGAGCGGUAGGAGAGGGGGUGGGAGAAGGGUGUUCCACAGAGGAGAGUACAGGGUAGGAGAAUAUGGGGAGUGCAUGGAGAGAGGGCGGUGCAAAGGGAUGAGGCUGGACUGCCCUCUCCACUGCGGCGGACCUUGCUUCUAUGACUGCCAAUAUAUGUGCAAGGCUCACUGUCAACGCUAGCUACCUCCGUACCUUGCCUGCUUCAUUCCCCU